AUGGCACCGACCUACGCAGGGAUGUCGGGCAAGAGAUUGUCCGUGUCCAUCUCGACCAUUGCGACUAUGGGCUUUCUCUUGUUCGGUUACGAUCAGGGUGUUAUGUCCGGUAUCAUCAGUGAUACAGCUUUCCAGGAUCUCUUCACUGCUACCAAGGGUAAUGCCACGAUGCAGGCCCUGGUGACCUCCGUCUAUGAGUUGGGUUGCUUGGUUGGUGCUUUGUUCGCCCUGUUCUUUGGUGACAAGACUGGUCGUCGCCUGAUGAUCAUGUCUGGCGCUACCGUCAUGAUUAUCGGUGUCAUCAUUCAGGUCACCUCAUUCGCUGGCCACAUUCCCCUCUUGCAAUUCUUCAUCGGUCGUGUCAUCACUGGUAUUGGUAAUGGAAUGAACACCUCAACCAUUCCUACUUAUCAGGCAGAGUGUUCGAAGACCAGCAACCGUGGUUUGUUGAUCUGCAUUGAGGGUGGAAUUAUCGCGAUUGGUACUUGCAUCGCAUACUGGAUCGAUUACGGUGCCCACUUCGGCAACAAGGAUCUUGUGUGGCGGUUCCCCAUCGCCUUCCAGAUCUUUUUCGGCUUCAUCAUUAUCUUCGGAAUGUACUUCCUUCCCGAUUCUCCGCGCUACCUGAUCGCCAAGGAUCGUGUACAGGAGGGAGAGUACGUGCUUGCUGCUUUGGGCGGCUUUGAGAUCAACGACCACGAGACACAACUCCAGAAACAGCUGGUUAUUGACUCCAUCAGAGCUUCGAGUGCUGCUGGCCAGGACGUGACAUACCGUGACUUGCUCACUGGUGGCCGUUCCCAGCACCUCCGCCGUAUGUUGAUCGGAUCUUCGUCUCAGAUCUUCCAGCAACUAGGCGGAUGCAACGCUGUAAUCUACUAUCUGCCACUGCUGCUCGAAGAGAACCUCAAGGAAGGUACCAACUUUGCCCUUCUGAUCUCGGGAGUCAACAUGAUUAUCUAUGCUAUCUUCGCUACCUUUUCGUGGUUUUUCAUCGAGAAGAUUGGCCGCCGCAAGCUAUUUCUGGGGGGUUCCAUCUUGCAGUGCAUUGCUAUGAUUAUCACUUUCGGAUCUCUGAUUCCGGGUACCAAGUCGGCUGCCAAGGGUGCCAUUUUCGGUAUCUUUCUCUACAUGGCUGCUUUUGGAGCUGCGUGGCUUCCCCUACCGUGGCUGUACCCCGCUGAGCUGUCCCCGAUCAAGACUCGUGCCAAGGCCAACGCUGUCUCUACCUGCAGUAACUGGCUGUUUAACUUCUUCGUCGUGAUGAUUACCCCCGUCAUGGUGGCUAACAUCGGGUGGGGUACUUACUGCUUUUUCGCUGCUAUGAACGCCCUCUUCGUCCCCUUCAUUUAUUUCUUCUACCCCGAGACCGCCAACCGGAGCUUGGAGGAAAUCGACAUCAUCUUCGCCAAAGGUUACACCGAGAAUAUCAGCUACGUGAAGGCUGCCAAGGAUCUUCCUAAGCUUACGGAUGACGAAGUCGAGCAAAAGGCUAUGGAGUACGGCUUCGGUGGCGCCAGCGAUGAAGAGAAGGCGAACGCCGCCGAGCUGUCCGGCUCGAACAGCGGCAAGGGCGAGUAAGCUGUUUGCAAGUCCUCUUCAUGACCUAAGAACGUUGCCAAUUCACGGCGAGUGUUCUCUAAGCUUGAUAUUGUCAUUGUUUCGGCUACGCCCCAGAUCCGGCGCAGCCGCUGGACAUAUAGAUUCUGUUGUGACUCUGUGUUUUUCUCGCGAUUACCCCU